AUGGGUUCAUCAAAGGCCAUUGUUGCUUUGGCUGCCUUGGGGGGCUUCUACAACAUGCCAGAUUAUGAUGCCUCUGAGUCCUUUGAAAAACUCUUCAGUGCCACAUCUGAGCUGCACAAGGAUGACCAGGCUGUAGCAGCAACUGUCCUGCUAGCGAAGAUGGAGUCAUUCAUUGUGAGAGCGGCUUUGCAGAACCCACAGAACCUCUCCCAGAAUUUCAUGUCCCCGACCAUGGAUGUUGCUGUCCAACUCAUUACAAAUGGCUGUCUGGAAAGAAAAACAAUCAAACUGAAAGUUAAAGAGGACACCAUGAGCAUUGACUGCCAGAUGGUUGUAGGAGCCAUCACACCAGGGUCUGGAGUUGUGGCUUUCAUAGAAUAUACCGCCCUCGAAUCCUUGUUGGGAUCCACUGACAAGAGUGAGAUCAUGGUUGAUGACAACAUUGAUGACAUUCGCUUGAAUUCCGCAGUGGUUAGCGGGACUGUUGGGAAACCCAGAAACCUCUCCAAGCCAUUCAACUUCAUCUUGAAACACAAACAAAAUAGUUAUACCAUGAUCAUGCUCACCUACGUGGGGCUGAGCAUCUCCCUGCUGUGCCUCUUCCUGGCCAUCCUCACCUUCCUCCUGUGCCGUUCGUUGUGGUCCAUCACUACUGCCAUCCACCUGCAGCUCUGCAUCUGCCUCUUUGUAGCUGAACUGAUCUUCCUCACCAUGGUGCAUCACUUUACCAACAAGACAGUGUGUGCUAUCAUCACUGGCUUCCUCCACUACUUCUUCCUGGCUGCCUUCACCUGGAUGUUCUUGGAGGGGCUGCACCUCAUCCUCACCGUCAGGAACCUGAAAGUUGUAAACUACACCAGUGCCCGGAAGUUCAAGAAGCGAUACAUGUACCCAUUCGGCUAUGGGCUCCCAGCCUCGAUUGUAGCUAUUUCAGUGGCAGCCAACCCAGCAGGCUAUGGCACUUCUGAGCAUUUGUUCUCUCCUCGUAGUUGCUGGCUCUCAGAACAGGGAGGUUUUAUCUGGUGUUUCAUUGGACCAGUCUGUUUUAUCAUCUUGGUAAACUUAAUAUUUUUUCUUACAACCCUCUGGAUCCUGAGGGACAAGCUCUCUUCUCUCAACACAGAUGUCACCACCAUCAAAGACACCAGGUUACUGACAUUUAAAGCGAUUGCCCAGCUCUUUAUCUUGGGCUGCACUUGGAGUUUGGGUCUCUUUCAAACAAAGCAGGUUGGGGUCAUGGAAUAUUUAUUCACCAUCAGCAGCAGCCUUCAGGGAGCCUUUAUCUUCCUGGUGCACUGUGUCCUCAAUCGCCAGGUGAGAGAGCAGUAUAAGAGAUGGUUUAGAAGGACUGGAAUAGUUGGCAACAAAUCUCAGCCUUAUGAGCUGUCUACAUCAAUGACCCCCAUCACCAUCAGUAUGGAACACAAAAAGUCAUCUGGCAAAAGUGAAGAGAAUUGUGUGUGGGAAAAAUAACAGCUUGCUCCAUUGCUAACACCAGAUGAUUGUUCCUUUGCAUGGAAGAGGAAUCUCUCAACCUCCAUGAGUCUCUGGCUGCUGCUCUGUGGCAAGGAUUGAGGGAAUGCAUUAUAUCUUUGCAAGGAUUGAGGGAAUACAUUUUAUUUCACCCCAGUAUUUGCCAUCUCUAUUCUCAAGACUUGGAUGAUUGUCUGAUUCUGUCCCAACUGAAGCUGACAAAAGAGUUUCUGUGAAAAAGUUUCUCCCUGAAGCUCUCAAGACUGUCUAUAGGGCUUCCCUCAACUGAGCUGGGUAAACAGAUGCUAGCUCAGUUGUUGAGACUGAUUUGCAGCUCUUCCAUGAAGCUAUAGUUCUUUGCAAACCUAGUGCGCCAUGGCUGGUAUAAGUUUUUGUUUGAGAGCGUUCAGGCUCCAGUACUGGCUAAUGGAGAAAUGGACUCCACGAUGAUGAUUUGAACACAUUCACAGCAGAAGAAAUGGCAUUUACCUUUGGGCAAAGGUGGGUGGAACAAGAAUGCAAACCUCAGCCCAAUGUGCCAGUGUCAUUAUAGGCUCGCCAACUCAUAACAACAACUGAAUGAUGACUAAAAUGCAAGCAUUUGAAACCAGCCCCUGGUGCUCAGAAGCCACUUGAUCCCCAGGGUAUGAGUGAGAAGGAAAUGUGAGGUCAUCUUCCCAUAUUUACUGUUUAAAAUGAGUAAAUUCAGUAAUUGCCAUAAAUGACAUCUUAGGCAUUUCAGUAGAUGCCUCAUGUAUUUCAUUUUUUAAAGAAACAUUUCUCAGCGGAAGACAAUAGAUAGUAUGGAGUAGUUAGCAAGAUUGUCAUAAGUGAUCAUCAUGUGUCCUCUUUCAAGGCUAAUAAAUGCAAUGCUAUUUGUGUUCUAAAAAGGAAAGGGAAUCCCAGGAGUGUGGUUUAUAGAAUGGUUUUUUUGGUCCUUUGUUUCCUCCUGUGCUGAGUAUUUGAUUAAAUAAUAUUGCCAGUUUGCCUGAAAUUGCUUAAAACUUGACCUGGCAUCUUUGUUAAACCUGGAGGCAACAAUUUUCUCAGCACUGUAACAUGCUAGUUCCUAUACAACAGUGUGCUAUAUAACUGUAUAUCCUUUUUUGUUUAAAUGCAGUUGAUAAUUUUGGCAAUAUUACAAUAAUGUAAAGGGGUGCUUUGACAGCUAUUAAUAUUUAAUCUGGAGUCAAUGUAAAGAAUAUUACUGGGGUGGGGAGAGAAUUUGGCCAUAUCUCAUUCUGGGAAAUUGAUCUGAGAUGAACUGUAUAAAAUGCAGAGUUGCUAAGCAGUGGAGUUAUACCAGGAGAGCUGACAACAGAGUCUGGUUUCUUGUGCCAUGUUCUUCUUGUUCUGCUAACGUGCAACAGUGUGGGACUGACUUGUCUGUUCCUCCUCGGCAUUAAUAAACACUGGGAACCCUU